UCCAAGCGUACUAAUUAAGACUAAAAACUCGUAUAAGUCGAGCUUGUUCUUCAUUUCCUAAUUGAGCAACAUCACUAAAAUGAUCCAUUAAUUAGAACAAGCUUUUCUUUUCUUUCUUUCUUUCUUUCUCUUCUUCCUCUUUAUUUUUCCCCUUCCUUUCCUUAAAACAGAUAUGAUCUUAUCAAAAUCCAUUGUUUUCACGGGUCUCAUCAUUGCCUGUGUAAACGCAACAGAUGAUAAGAUUUUACGCUUCCCUCUCAGACAACGCAGUCAUUCAAAACCUUAUCUUCAGAAGCGAGACGGUAACAAUGUCUCCUUAUACAAUGCAAAUGGAAAAGAAUAUUUAAUUGAGGUCGGCGUUGGUACGCCACCACAAUACUUCAAUCUAACAAUGGACACUGGGAGUGCAGAUUUUUGGGUUCCGUCUUCAUCAUGUCCGGUAUCCAUGUGUCCACAUACUCGUUUCGAUAAUAAAAAAUCAACCACUUUCAAGGCAUUGUCUAACGAGAAGCUUUCAAUUGAAUAUGGUGUUGGUACAGCCAAAGGUAGCUAUGCACUUGAUACGAUCACACUUGGAGAAUCGGGUAUAUCUCUUCCAAACCAUACUAUUGGGCUUGUGUCUAACACGGACAAUAUCCUCUCUGCUUCAGAAGAUGAUACAAUGCCUUCGAAUGGUAUCUUGGGUAUGGGUCAUCCAAGCCUCUCUAUGAAGUCUGGCAAAAAGCCCGGUCAUCUUGUGAUGGGGUUAUAUCAAGCAAAUAUCAUUUCGGAGCCUAUUUUUUCUAUCUUCCUUAACACGCAAUCUGCUUAUGGAAAAACGGGUGAACUUGUUUUGGGUGGACUUGAUAGUACGAAAUACACAGACGAUAUUCAAUAUGUGCCUAUAGUUAGCUUUGAUGUUAGUAAAUACUAUGUUUCAGCUAAUUUAGGAGCCAAUAAGACCAGCACGACCAAUGGUAGCCAAGAAACAUACCUUUAUUGGUCUGUACCUGGUCAAGGCGUUUCUACCAGUUCAAAUUAUAGCUAUAGCACACCAGAUUUGCAAGCAUUUAUCUUGGACACUGGUACUACCUUGACCUAUGUUCCCGAAUCGAUUGCAAAAUCUAUUGUUAUGUCAUUGACAAAUAAUGCAAAAACGACAAAAUGGGACGCCCUUGAAGGCAUUUAUCGUGUCAGCUGUUCUUUAGCCGAAAAGUCUGAUCUUUUCGUGGAAUUCUUAAUUUCGCCUUCAGAAACAGUCAAGUCAACAACACCUAUGACAAUUCGUGUUCCUGUUUCUGAAUUGGUCAUACCUUUGGAUGAUGCACGUACUCCAGAGACAUCUACUUCUUGCAUGUUUGGCAUUGCGCCAGCUCCUAAAGGAUUAGAGUUGACGUCAGGUGACACAUGGAUAUUAGGCGAAUCUACGUUGCGCUCCUUGUAUACAGUGUAUGACUUGAAACAGAAUAGAUUUGGAAUGGCUAAAUUGGCCACAGCAGUAAAUUCAUCAUCAGCAACCAGCAAUGCUACAAUUGCUACCACUACCACCAACAGUGAUAUUAUUAGUAACAGCAUGACUGGUACUCCUUUAGCUCAGAGUGACACUCCUCCUACCGCUAUAUCCAAUGGCAUGAUAUUAAAACCCUCUUUUAUUUUCUUGGCAAAACUUUUUACUUUGUAUUUUAUUUUCUAUGAUUUGUAAAAAUAAAAAUGAAAGUUUCACACAUA